CUGCCACCCUCAUUUGCUACCCUCACAUCCCAUUACAUCUCAGGGCCGCACAUGCCAUGGAUCCCGUAGUACCACCUGCGAUCACCACCGAACUGACCCAAAUUCUCUCAAACCUUCUCUUGGGAGAUAACGCCAUUCGCUCAGAUGCCGAGACUGCGGUCAAUGAGCGAUUGGCGCAUACGCCUGAACUUUACUUGCUGGCGCUCGCGCAGUUCUCGAUAUCGGCGGAUACGGAAGUGAUGCGAUCUUUCUCUUUGGUACUUCUACGAAGACUGCUUUUCCGACCUUCGCCAGCGCCCAACACACCAGAAAAUGCGAGCGCUUCUCAGGGCCAGCAAUCACAGUAUCAGUCGUUACCCAAUCAGCCACGACUUACAUUAUACGAUCAUCUCUCCGGACAAACGCUGAACGCGCUCGAGAAGCUCUUGCUCCAUUCGCUUCAGCAUGAGGCGUUUCCUCUGGUACGACGAAAGACGGUGGAUACUGUGUGCGACCUGGCAAACGAGGGAAUGCGACGUGGACGUCCGUGGCAUGCACUGCAGAUGGCCGCCUUUGGGAUGGCACAGGCGGGAUUGCCCGGAUCCACAAGUGGGACAUUAGCCCCGCAAACGUUGCCAUCGGAGGCUUUGCGAGAAAGCGCGUACCGGGUGUUUUCAGGCUGCCCGAAUCUUGUGAUGGAUCUGCAGACGGAUGCCGUUCUGACUAUUUUCCAGCAAGGGCUGCAGGACACGUCCAGCAUUGAUGUCAAGCAGGCUGCAUUGCUGGCUUGUGUUGCUUAUCUGAAUGCAGCGGAGCCAGGACAGCUCGCGCAAUCUGUGUCACUGAUGCGACCGGUCUUGGACACGUUGCACUCGAUGGCACAGAUGCUCCCCACCCAAGGCUCACAAGCGACAGCCCAUCCCACUCACAACUCCCGCAUGUCGCGGCCGUCGUCCGAUGGUCCGUCUCCCUAUGUCAAUCUGACGACAUACUUGACGGCACUGACACCUCUGUGCACCACACAUCCAUCGCUUUUCGCACCCCACCUUGCCGCGCUGCUUUCGUUCUUCCCGCCACUUCUUCUGCCCAGUGCCGAUCCGGGCCCGACCCCCACCGUCUCGCGACCAUUCCCAAGCGACGGAAGCGCCGAAGCGUCCGAGGCGUCGCACGGCGCGUUUGUGUUUCCGCCCGCAGGAUCGUCCCCGGACCCAGGCUCCCCCCGCGACGUCGGUGCGACUGAGGCGGAACGAGAUCUGGAUGCAGAUGAGCGCCAGACCCUGCGACUGGCUGCGCUGGAGUUUAUGGUGAGCCUGAGUGAGGCUCGGGCUGUGAUGGUGAAGCGUGUCGAGGGGUGGGUCGGAAUAAUGGUGCGGGCCUGCCUUGAAGGGAUGGGCGAGUUCGAAGAGGGUGAUGGACUCGAGGGAUGGGUUGAUGAGGAUCCGUCACUUAACUCCGCUCCGGAGACUGACUCUGCUCCGGCGAUGUACGAGCAGAGUCUGGAUCGACUAGCAUGUGCAGUCGGGGGCAGAGCUGUUUUACCUCCGGCAUUCCAGUACAUUCCUUCGAUGAUGGCUAGCUACGACUGGAGAGUGCGACAUGCAGGGCUGAUGGCUGUAGCAGCCAUCGCAGAAGGCACGGCUAAAGUUAUGGAGCACGAGCUUGGAAAGGUCGUUCAGCUCGUGACCCCUAUGUUCCAUGAUCAACAUCCUCGAGUUCGUUAUGCAGCUUGUCAAUGCGUCGGUCAAUUGUGUACCGAUCUUGAGGAAGUUAUUCAGGAACAAUAUCACCAACAGCUGUUCUCUGUGUUGAUCCCGACACUGGAAGAUCCCCAGCCGAGAGUUCAUGCUCAUGCGGCCGCGGCCUUGAUCAACUUUUGUGAAGGCGUCGAACGAAAUGUGUUGCUACCCUAUCUGGAUCCGAUUGUCGAGCGCCUCCUCAAGCUACUGGAUGAUUCGGGCUCAUCCACCAAAGUGCAGCGAUAUGUGCAGGAGCAGGCGAUCACGACGUUGGCGAUGGUUGCCGACGCGAGUGAGGUUUCUUUCGGCAAGUAUUACAGCUCAAUCAUGCCUCUGCUCUUGAACGUCCUUCGCAAUGCCGGAGGGCCUGAAUACAGCAAGCUGCGAGCCAAGGCAAUGGAGUGCGCAGGGCUGAUAGCCAUUGCUGUCGGGCCAGAGAUGUUCCUGCCCGAUGCGCACACGCUCGUCGAUCUUCUGAUCCACAUCCAAAAGAGCCCCGUGGAUCCGACGGAUGCCCAAUUGGGGCACUAUCUGAUCGCGACAUGGGCGAAGGUCUGCCAGGCCAUGGGGCCCGAGUUCGAACCAUACUUGCCGGUGGUGAUGCCCAGCUUGCUGGCGACGGCCAGCGCAAAAGCUGACAUCUCUGUCUACGAAGGCGAAGAUGAUCAGGUCGAAGAACGUGACGGCUGGGAGACGGUCAACAUGGAUGGUCAAACGUUGGGUAUCCGGACGUCUGCGAUUGAGGAGAAGUGUCAGGCUUUCGAGACGCUCGUGAUCUAUUGCUCGACAUUGGGACCGCGGUUUGCCCCGUAUCUUUCCCAGACGUUUGAAGUGACUCUUCCCUCCAUGCGAUUCUACUUCCAUGAGGGAGUUCGGGAAGCUUGUGCUAUGCUCAUCCCGAUGUUGCUUGCUAGCGGAAAAAACAGCGGGACACUCACCAAUCAGAUGGUCGCGGCGACGUUCUUGCAGUUGAUCAACGGCAUCAGUACAGAACACGACGCGUCCUUCCUGAGCUCUCUGUACAGAUGCUUCACUGAUUCCUUGAGGAUCAUCGGCGGACCUAGUGCCCUAUCUCCCGAAUACCAGAGUGGCGCUCUCGAAGCGACCAAGCGCCAGCUCCAAGCAUUGGCCGACAAACGGCGAGCCCGGAAGGCCCGUCCCGAGGCAGAUCUCGAGGAGGACAGGGAAGACAUUGCCCUACUCGAGGAAAUCGAGGACUUUGCUCUGGAGGACAUGGCCAAGAUGCUCGCCGCUUUUGAUUCCAAUCACCCAUUGCUCGUAGCUGUGUCCAGCGUCAAGGAACUUGGAUUCACUCAGUAUGACGGGGACGGCGAGGACGACGAAGAAUAGUUAACAGUGUAAUUUAUUUUACAAAUUUCUACAUGACGGAAAUUAUUCCUUCUAUGAAAUCUCAAUGCCCGUCCCCGAUACCAUGGCCCGCUUGAUCGCAUCGCAAACGAUCAUAGCGCUGAGCCCGUCCUGGCCUGUGCAGCUCGGGGCGGCGCCGUUGGAGACGACGUCUACGAGAUGUUGGACCUGCAGAUCGAAGGGGAUAUUCUCCGUCUGGACAUCGAGGUGCUCCUGGACCAGUUGCUUGGUCCAGUCUCCAUCCGCGUCCUGGUACUUCCAGAUGAUCAUGUCCCCGACGCUCAGGCUACCUUCAGACCCCAAGAUCCGGUAAAACCCGCCGGCUGCAGCUUCCUUCUGCACCUUCGGAAUCAUCGGAUUUUCGCCUGUCUCCGCCUCGAAGUUCCAUGGCGACGGCGCGUUGUCACUGAGCACGAACGUGCCUACCGCUCCGCUGCGGAACCGGAGCAAGAUCGCGGCACCCUCCUCAGCGUCGAAAUCGCGCUGCUUCGGCGCCGGGAGCGCCGACACGUAGGUGAUCGGCCCCAUGAGAUACUGGAGGAGAUCGAGUUCGUGGAUGAGGUUGAUGAGGAUGACGCCGCCGCUCUCGCCGUUCCGCCGCCACUCGCCGAGCCCGUCGAAAUACGGCAGCGGCUUCUUCGUCGCCCAGAUGCCCUGCACGGCCACGAUGCUCCCUAUCUUGUUCGCGUCCAGGGCCUUCUUUGCCGACAACAGAUACGGGUUGAACCUGCGAUGGUGCCCGACGAGCAGCUUCACGUUGGCGGCGGCGGCGGCUUGGAUCAGCUCCUCGCCCUCGGCGAUGGUAGUCGAGAUGGGUUUCUCGACGAGGACGUGGAUGCCGGCGGCGAUGAGCUGCUUGGAGAGGCUGACAUGUGUGCGGUUCGGCGUGCAGACGAUGGCGGCAUCGGGGAGCGGCUUGGAGAGGAUCAGGUCUUCGAUGGAUUUGAAGUGCGUUGUGUUGAGCGAUGCUGCGAUCUCGGGGCCCUUGGGAGACGGCUCGACGAGAGAAUGAAGACGUGCAUUGGCACAGGCGGCGACCGACUGUGCGUGCCGUGGACCGAUGAGCCCGGCGCCGACGAUGACGAUGUUCAGUUUCUUGCUCUCGCUGGUGGUCAUGCCGAAACUGAGGUCCUGCGCGAACGAAAGGAAUGAAGAGAGGGGAGACGAGCGGAUCCUCUUCUUAUAUUAAGCAUAAUCACUGGCGGCCAAUCGGUUUAGCCCCAAGUAAACGGAAGCAAUCAAUAGGGUGGUCGAAAGACGAUGAAACUUGAAACUCGAGAGGCACUGGGGGAGGAAUGUGACCCUCUUGGCAAGGCGGAGCCCCGCACCUGCUAUCCGAUCGAUCAGCGAACCCCGAAAAAGAAGAUUGCAUAUUGCCCAGUGACAAGCGCUUCGUUGCCCGUGCGUUCCUGCUCCGGCUGGACACACAAACUCCUGUGUCCAAUAUUCUCAGGAGAGAGAGGCAGCCAUCAAUGAUGACAGCCGUGAGCCUCCUGCAGACCAAGUCAUCCCCACUCGAACUGGAUCCCAUCCUUCUUUCACCUGGUUUUCUAAUUCAAGCCCAGGGAGAAGAAGCGUGCUCGGCGGCAUCCAUCUGGCGCAGCAAGCAUCUUCGAGUGUUCGUGGGCAUGCCUGUCCGACUUUGUCGCGCGGCUUCUCGAACUUAGUGGCGGAUCUUGCCGCCCAACAAAGACGAUCGCAUAUUUUCGGCCGAUCGAUGUAUAGAGAGUCUUGAUACAUGCACUGCCUUGAACUGCAGCCUCCCACGAACCAUGACCGGCACCCUCCAAAAGGAACGUCUAGCCCAUAGGAACCUCGUGGAAUACUGUCGCGCUAGCUUUGCAUCUGAAAAGGAUAACAAGAUCGACGUGGGUUCUUCUCGAGCGUGGCCCAUGUACAAGUAUGGAGAGAUAUUAUGAAUUUCCAUAAACCCCUCUUUGAAGCUGGCCGAAUUUCAACUGUGUCAGAGAGCCUCGAACAGAGAUUGUGGUCUGUAGUACUUGAAUACGUCAACGUUGAAGUCGGCCUUUCCGGAAGUGCGCGGGCCAUUUCGCAACUCCAAGGAUACAGAAACCGUGGCACUCGAGUGGUACUUUCCGCUGCAUCGUCUCGAAGGUGUUCUAGCAGUCCAGGCAUCCCAACCGUCCGGGAAGUCUGUUUGUCCGUGUGAUCUCAAGACCGCCUGUGCCCGCUCAGAGUCAUGUCUUGCUCUACGACGUCAUAGCUUACUAGCGCGCUCACUAGCACUAGCCUCUACAUUUGCGCUUCUCCCAUGAGUUCAUGGUUCUCAAGAUGGCUCCAGCGCCAAGCCGGCGACAAUUAUGUCCUUCUCCCCACUAACGGCACCGACACCCUCGAGACCAUUCCGGAAGAAGGUCCCGUCGUAGCUUUCAGACCCCGGAGAUUUCGUCGGCAAAAGACCCGAUUGUCGCGUCGCGCGCUUAUUCUUUUCGGCUCGGUCGCUCUGCUGCUUGUGGUGGCUUUCGCGGUUUUUGCAUGGCGGUCGUAUGGUUCGAAGAACGAGGAUGCCGACAUCGUCGUACCACACGAACACGAGCAUUCGAGCGUCGUCCCGCUGUAUCGACCGUGGAUGGAGCAAGAAAGACGUUUACCACAGCAUAACAUGUCGCUGCCUUUUCCCGACGGCGCGCACGCAAAGUUCUUAUGGGCUGCUAACCACGGCGAACACUUCGGAUGGGGAAAUUACAUGCAGGAGAUGGUGCUGAAUGCGUAUCUUGCUUAUGCAUCCGGUCGCUCCUACGUAUUCGACAAUUACACCUGGGAUAAAGCUGGUCCCGACAUCGGAAACUACCACAAGAAGCCAACGCCUGCUCGCAUACCGCUUUCUGCCCUCAUCUCAGGGCCAAUGAUCGGGGGCCCGAUGUCACAGUCAGACAUCCCGCGAGCAGUCUCUCGUGAAUACUUCCUCGAAGUCUGCCCGCCAGAGGAGAUAACGAGCUUGGAUACGCGCAAAGUGCAAGCAACGCUAAGCCCUGAAGCGACGGUGUCUGACAUCGUGGAGAAAUGGGUCACGGAAUUGAACUACCUUGGAGCGAGGUGCAUCGAGAUAUCGACCCUAAGCCCGGCGCUUUUCAGUUACCGAAUAACUAACACGGAGCGCGUACUGGACGUCUUUCCCUCGCUGUCGGCUUCUCCCAUUCUCGCCGAUUUCGGCUGGUCUCCGCUUAUAAUGGAGGAGUUCUACAAGAACAUCCGGCAUUUCACCUCCCACCGCACGAAGAAACUUUCGCUCGCCCAGUCGCCAACCACGCCACUGAAGGGCCUGCUCACCUUGCAUGUGAGACGAGGGGAUUAUGAAGAAUUCUGUACAGAAUUCACAAGCCAGGGGGGCUCUUUCACCGGUUUCAAUCGUUUUCCCGAGCUCAUAGACAAAUAUGUCUUUGCGAGCAACGAUUCUCAUUCGACGCAAAUCGAUAUUGCAAUGCGACACUGCCUGCCCUCAAUUUCCGCAAUCGUUGAAAAGGUCCAGGCUGUUGCCAGUCCCCACAUCAAACAGAUCUAUAUUAUGACCAACGCGCAUGAGCCGUGGCUCGGCGAGCUUAUCGACGCGCUGCGUUCUUUGAGACAUUGGAAGCACGGGAUCAGUCAUAGCCGGGAGCUCGAUUUGUCUUGGGAAGGAAAAUAUGUAUCGGAGGCGCUGGACAUGUAUGUGGGACAGCGUUCAGAGCAAUUCAUUGGUAAUGGGUUUUCCAGUCUGACUUCGAAUGUGGUUAUGCUACGAAUGCGUAACCCAGAUCUACGUUCCGAGAAUACACGAUUCUGGUGAACAACGGCCGUAUCGUAAUGAUAGACCUAGAAUAUUCCUCCGUUAUAAUUCUGUAUGCCAGUGUACAUUCCCGAUACAGGCACGACGCGAUGACGGGAAAUCGUACCUUUCCGGAUUGGAUCGACAGGGGCAAACCCCGCACUCGCCUUCUUCGUACUUCCGCUUCACGAAAUGUCUCGGAUUCGCUGCGCUCUCCUAAACUUGUUCUCUUUCGUUCUGCCAUGGCCAUCACGCACUUUGAAGAGCCUCGCCCUUCACAGGUCAAGGUGGCGGGGGCGGUGACUUUCUACAUCGUCGCCGCAUUGGUGAUGGUUCUCGUGAACAAGGCUGUUCUCAAUAAGACGCCAGACCUUCCUUUCACCUUCCUUUUCAUACAACUCGUCAUUGCGGUCCUGCUCUUGCGCUUCAUAGCGCUAAUUUCCAGAACGGGUUUGUUUUCUCGAGAAGUGGAGCUUCCGACGCUGGAUAGGACCACCGCGACGAAAUUGCUACCUUUUCUCGUCGUCGGAUUCAUCGGGCUCGUGUUCAACACUCUGUGUCUGGCGAACGUCGAUGCUUCGUUCUUCCAGAUCGCGCGAGGCCUUCUUCUGCCUUUCACUAUUCUUGUCGCCUCCCUGUGCACGAAAACGAUGCCCAAGCCAGUCGUCCUGUGCGCUGCCGGGAUCGUUUCUCUCGGGUUCUUCAUCGGAGUCGCACCCUCGUUUCUUCCAGGCUCGACAUCUGGAGUGGCGCGCGAGCCCAUCAAAGCGCUGGUGUACGGUGUCAUCUCCUGCAUGGUCCUCUCUGUGCAUGCCGUGCUGAGCAAAGUCGCGACAUCGAACGUGAACAGCUCGGCGCUGGCUAUCUCGUACUGGGGCAACCUGCUCAUGAGUGUCAUGGUCGCGCCGCUGGUGGUAUUGAAUGGUGAGCUCGGCAAAUUGCACACCAGGUGGAUCUCGCCGGAGCAGGACUGGUUGAUCACAUUCGUUGUGGGGAGUGCGGUGACGGGGGUGUUUGGCUUCAUGCUGGGGAUCGCGAGCGUGGUGUCCAUCAAAGUCACAAGCCCGAUCUCGCAUAUGUUCUCUGCGGCUGCCAAGAGUGUGAUCCAGAUCGUUCUGGGUGUAUUCUUCUUCGGCGACGUUAUGAACAUCUACCGGUUCACGGCCAUUUCACUCAUCACUGGCGGGACAAUAUUUUAUACAUGGAUCCAGUCGCAUCCGCCUCCAUCACCGAGCAGGGCGGUUGGCGAUGUGGAAAAACAGAGUGAAGAGAUGCGUCCCUUGGUCAAACAUCACGAGGAAGAUGAGCUGGAAGAGGUUUCCACGCCGACGGAUAUGCUAGCUGAAUCAGAGAAUGUGAAGGCAUCAGACUUGAAGAUUACCUUGUUCUCCGCCACCAUGAGCUACGAGAAAUCCACCAACACUUCCCGCCUGGGGCGGGCCCCCGGCCUGGAUGACUUCGUACUCGGCUUCGUCGGUGCCAGUACACCACCGUCGCAAACGCUGGACCACACUCUGCGAUUCUUGUCGACUUGGUCGGGUACGGAUAAACUCAUGAUGUCGACACAAUACGCGGCCCGCCUAAUCGCUCCUGCUCUCGUGUACCGUGCCCUCUUGCAAUUCAACGCGAAGAAACGAGCGCAACCUGCUUCAUUAACGAGUGAGGGACUGCUCAAAUUCGCGGGUCAGAUUAGCAUUGCGCGGCGGAUUAUGGGCUUUUGGGGAUUGCUCGGAAUACUGAAAGGCCUCUCCUCUCUCGAACGCUCCCCUCCGGCGUCCCGCCUUGCGCUUAACCUUGCCCGUCUGCAAGGACUGUCAAUGAUCGUGUUCUAUCCCCUCGAAUACAUCUCAUUCUUUUCUGCCCCCUUUGCACCGGUCUUGCGUAUCUCGCCAUCUCUGGCAGGAAAGGCGGGGCUGUGGAGUGUACGCGCAUGGGGCGUGUAUGUGCUCUUGAAGAUCGUCGAGCAGCUUCACCAGUGGCGCGAACUGUCGAAUCAACAGGAACAGAUCUCUCUGGGCGAUGACGAAAAAGCUCAGGCGGCACGAGUGGUCAACAAGCAGAAGCGAUACGUUCUUGCGCAUCACCUCUUGGCAAAUGUGUCGCGUCUGCCGGUCAUCUUGCAUUGGUCCGUGGUCGGAGGCGUAUAUAGUAACGAGUUGCUGACGAGCGCGUUAUCACUCAUAUCUGGUCUGGCGGCGUUCCGUGGUGGAUGGGAAGGCAGCCGAAUCCCUGCCCCCAUGAAAUGAUGAUACCUUCUGCAUAAUUAGUAUAUUUCGUCCAUAGUGUCCAUGUGCAAUCUUUGCCUAUAAUUGUCAGUAUAUUUAUGGCACGGCCAGCGAUUCACUCCGCCCGGCAUGACUGGAUCCUGCUGCCAC